AUGGAGCUGAGCAGCACCACUGUGGCCCGAGGGCCACCUGUCCUGCUUGUCUUGUUCCUGUACUUCCAGGAGCUGACUGCCCACACCGCCGACACCUGUCCAGAGGUGAAGGUGGUGGGUCUGGAGGGCUCCGACAAGCUCACUAUUCUCCGAGGCUGCCCAGGGCUGCCCGGAGCCCCAGGGCCCAAGGGAGAGGCGGGCGCCAACGGAGGGAGAGGAGAACGAGGUCCCCCCGGACCACCUGGGAAGGCAGGACCACCCGGGCCCAAAGGAGACCGAGGGGAAAGGGGACCGCGUGGAGAAAAAGGUGAGCCGUCCCGCUCUGGGCAGUCUCCGUCAUGUGCUGCAGGACCACGGACCUGCAAGGAGCUGCUCACCUGGGGGCACUUUCUGAGCCGCUGGCACACCAUCUACCUGCCCGACUGCCGGCCCCUGACUGUGUUGUGUGACAUGGACAUGGACGGUGGGGACUGGACCGUUUUCCAGCGGAGGGUGGACAGCUCCGUGGACUUCUAUCGGGACUGGGUCGCAUACAAGCAGGGCUUCGGCAGUCAGCUGGGGGAGUUCUGGCAGGGGAACGAUAACAUUCACGCCCUGACCGCCCAGGGAACUAGUGAGCUCCGGGUAGACCUCAUGGACUUUGAGGGAAACCGCCAGUUUGCCAAGUACACAUCACUCAGGAUGGCGGCCGAGGCGGAGAAUUACAAGCUGGUCCUGGGGGCCUUUGUUGGGGGCAGUGCAGGGGAUUCUCUGACACUCCACAGCAACCAAUCCUUCACCACCAAAGACCAGGACAAUGACCAGCAGUCUUCAAACUGUGCUGUGCCAUUCAAGGGGGCCUGGUGGGACACUGAUUGUCACUCGUCAAACCUGAACGGUCUCUACCUGGGGGGUUCCCAUGAGAGCUACGCCAAUGGGGUCAACUGGAGGACCGGGAAUGGCUACAAAUACAGCUACAAGGUGUCUGAGAUGAAGGUCCGGCCCGCCUAG